AUGAUCCCCCAUGUUGAGGGCCUUCCUGUGCCCGGCAAGAUCAAGUCCUACAGCGAAAGACAUGGUUGGGGUUUUAUUACCUCAAGCGCGCUGACGGAAGAUAUCCGCUUUGACAAGAACAGCCUGGCCGCUCUGGAGGGCAUGCAACCUGAUCCCCGGCUCGCUGGUGUCCCGGUUGUCGUGGAAUUUGUUGCCAGACCCGAUGGCAAGCUCAACGCGAAGCGAGUCAUGUUCCAAAGUGGUGAGAUUGCAGAGCGAUUGGGCGUCAAGGGUCCCGGCUUUGGAGCGGCACCCGGCUUCGCAGCGACGCCCAGCUUCGGAGCGGCGCCCGGCUUUGGAGCGGCGCCCGGUUUCGGAGCUGCGCCCAGCUUCGCCGGCGGGCCUGCCUUUGCCUCUGCCGGUGGUCCGAUGUCGCCUGCAGCCCUAGCCGCAGCAACAGGGCUCAACUCAAUGAUCGGCAUCGUCAAGCAGUACAGCGAGAAGAACGGCUAUGGAUUCCUGAACGCCUCCGGCUACCCGCAAGACAUCAAGUUCAGUCGAACAGAGCUCAAGGGAGGACCCCCCGGCCCGGGCAACAUCGUCAGCUUUAGCCCGGUGCAGCUCCCGGAUGGCCGGCUGCAGGCUCUGAACGUGACCCCAGUUCCAUCCGUGAACUCGCAACCGAGUUUUCCGGUCAAAAUGGCGGCGACACCCGCAGUGGAAAUGUGGCAAGCAGCAGGCCGGCCAGGCAAGAGACAGAAGACUGCCGAGAUGUCGACGGGGCAGUAUACGUCCGGCACCAUCAAGACUUACAACGGUCUGAAGGGUUUUGGAUUCAUCAUCGCCCCAGGUUGCACUGAAGACGUCUUCUUCAUGCGCACAUCUCUUCCAGAAGCGUGCCGAGAGCUGCAAGGGCAGGAUCUCCAGGGAAAGAACGUCAGCUUCGAGCUUGCGAGCACACCGGACGGAAAGCUGAGAGUGUGGCGGGACAUGCCUUACGAUGCCAAAAGUGAUAUGUGGUCCUUGGGCUGCGUUCUUUAUGAAAUGGUAGCUCUCCGACCUCCAUUCAGGGCCGAGGAUAUGGAAGGACUGUACCACAAAGUGGUUCGGGGCCAAUAUCCCCGAAUACCGGCCCACUACAGCCAAGACCUUGCAGAUGUCAUUGCGGCACUGCUACAGGUGCACCCGCGUAAUCGCCCGAGUGUGGACCAGCUACUUCAGAUGCCUCAAAUGCUUCGGCACUCUGGUGGCUUGCGGGAGGAUGCGAGACCGGCAGGAGACCU